UUACAGACAAUGAUUUACCCCAGAAUGUAGUAUGUUGUGGUGGUAAAAUGGUGUUUGGUGCCUAGUUCGACCCAAACUCUGACAUCUCAGCGAAGUGCUUCAAGUGAUCACGUUUCUAUUUAUUCUUCACCACGGAUGCAAUUGACUGUCACCUGAAUCAUGUCAAAACCGGGGCACUCGUUAUAACUGUAGCAGGUUCAGAUCAAUGUCAAUAUGAUCGAAGAUGAUGUGUACAGAGCAUCGUCCCAGUACCGCUACUGGUCAUACACAAAAGAAAGCCUCGCGCGGAUACGUCAAAAUACCAACGAUCUCGCCUCGGAGCGUGUAAAGGCCGCAUUUCGACGGGUACAUGCCUCAAAAACAGCCCACCAUGGAGCGAAAGAUGACCCAAGCGGCAACGGCGCCCAGAAUGGAACCGACGAUCUAAACGUCCAGACCUUGACUGUCGAGGAGGAGCUGAAAGUGGUUGAAUGGGGCUGCUCAAAGAUCACGGAUAUGGGAGAGGCUAUGAACCCGCGUAUACCGUCACACAUUAUGGCUACCGCCAUUCAGUAUCUACGACGUUUUUACCUGACCAAUUCAGUCAUGACAUAUAAUCCCAGGCAAAUCAUUGCUUGCGCCCUCUACCUGGCGACAAAGGCCGACCACUUCUAUAUAUCGCUUUCGAAGUUUGUCGCAGAGCUUGAAGGCGUCACCGAAGACGACGUCAAAGCCCCGGAGUUCUUACUACUACAAGGUCUCCGCUUCACGCUGGAUGUGCGCCAUCCCAUGAAGGGCCUGGCAGGCGGGCAUAUUGAGAUGAAUGUCAUGGCUGAAGAAGGCCAACUCGGGACCAUCUCGACAUCCUCAGGCGCGGCAAAGAGAAUAGGCGUGGCUGCUGAUCACGCAAAGAGACUACUGGCAACGGCUGCGCAAAUGACGGAUGCAUAUUUUCUCUACACGCCCAGCCAGAUCUGGCUUGCUGCCAUAAUGGUCGCAGACAGAGAACUGCUGGAAACAUAUCUAGAUCACAAAAUGUCCAGUUUGCCUUCUGGUGAUUCUGCGGCGACGUUGAAACACAAGCUCGUCUCUACGAUCUCAGCUUGUGCAACGCUACUCGAGUCGUGGCGAUCACCGGAGGAUGAUGCGCCCCAGCGGAAAGAGAUCAGACGAAUUGGCAAAAAGUUGACUGUCUGCCAGAAUCCGGAGAAAACGGAUAUCGUGGCAGUUGCAAAGGCGAAGGCGGCAGAGAAGAGAGAAGGAGACGGCAGUGAUGCAGAGAAAGCGCUGAAGAAACGCAAGUUGGAAAGAGAGAAGCUCGAGAAGGACGGCGAUGUUUUUGGCCCUGCACUCAAGGAUUUGCCAUGAUGUUCAUAGCAGACAUAAAGGUUUGGUAUCCUAUUACAAAGGCCUCACCGUCGACAAAGACCACACCGGAAAACUACGCUUCUAGGUUAAGAUCGUAUGACCCGUUUCCAAGUCCAGGAGAGGGAAUGGUUAGAGCCGCGAUCAGAUUCCCAAUCGGCUCAAAAUGGAAAUUUUAGCAGUUCUGUU